UUGCAGCUCGAGUAGGCGCGUUCAUGUGUGAGGCUGUGCGCGUACCCGAGGCAGCAUACGUCACAGGAGCGCAGGAGCGUGAAGACUGUUCUGGUCCAGUCCACGUUAAGAAGUCUCAUUUGAACACAAACCUCCCCGGACUACCAAGUGUCUCUGACCCAACCUCCACGCUGGAACCACACCGAGACCGGACUGGGUCGGACUACACAUCGGCGCCAGAGUACGGCGGUAUGUGACCAUCUCCAUCUGAUGUUUAUGGAUCCACCCUUCAAAUAAUGGUCUGAGGACAAGCAGCUAGAAGUGCCUCAGCCCCCGGUGUGUUCAGCCGUCUCCGCCUUGGUCGUGGACUCGCUCGCAUUGCGGCGGCCGGAACCCACUCGUACGGAAGUACUCUGCCCCCUGCCGUCCCACACACCCUCCCUUCCCCUUUACACUUAGAAAAUCCACACACCGUGCAUAGAGAGGCAGUGCGUGUGGUGUGUGCCGGGUGCUGCCGUGUGGACUUGUGCAGCGCCGGAAGGGGGAGCAGAGCGCCGGCGGGCCCACUCUGACCAUGCCAGUGUGGGGGGGAAGGCUGAAGCGCAGUCUGCCUCUCUGCCUCCGGAGCCCCAAUCCUGUGCUGCUUCUGCUGCUGCUUGGAAGCUUCUCUCUGCACACGCCCGCGCAAGGCAACAUAUUGGACAGCAUGUUACUGCGCGCGUCCAGCAAGGAGGCGUCGGAGGGCAGGAAGGAGAGCGGCGGAAGCACGUCCACCGCUUCCUCGUCGCAGAGACUCCUGUGGUGUCACUGCUACCACCACUGUCCCGACGACUCCGUUAACAACACAUGCAGGACUGACGGUUACUGUUUUACCAUGGUGGAGGAAGAAGGAGGCGUACCAGUCUUGAGUGCAGGCUGUCUGGGGCUUGUUGGGUUUGAGUUUCAGUGUCGAGACACCUGGAGCUCGCAUCAGAGGAAGUCACUAGAAUGUUGCACGGAUCAAGAUUACUGCAAUCAAAACCUUCACCCGACUCUGCCGCCGCUUAAACCUCCUCUUUAUGUGGAUGGAAAAAUCCACCACGUGGCCUUGUUUAUCUCAGUCACAGUCUGCAGCAUCAUACUGGCUGCUAUUAUUGUCUUCUGCUACUUCAGAUACAAGCGCCAGGUGUCCCGCCCUCGCUACACCAUCGGCCUGGAGCAGGAUGAGACCUUCAUUCCUCCUGGAGAGUCCCUGAAGGAUUUGAUAGAGCAGUCGCAAAGCUCUGGUUCAGGCUCAGGGCUCCCUCUGUUGGUCCAGAGGACCAUCGCCAAGCAGAUCCAGAUGGUGAAGCAGAUCGGUAAAGGACGGUACGGUGAGGUCUGGAUGGGACACUGGCGAGGAGAGAAGGUGGCCGUCAAAGUUUUCUUCACCACCGAAGAGGCCAGCUGGUUCCGAGAGACUGAAAUCUAUCAGACGGUCCUGAUGAGGCACGAGAACAUACUCGGUUUCAUCGCAGCUGACAUCAAAGGAACCGGCUCGUGGACUCAGCUCUACCUGAUCACCGACUACCACGAGAACGGCUCGCUGUACGACUACCUCAAGUCCACCAUGCUGGACAGCAAGGCCAUGCUGCGACUGGCCUACUCGUCCGUGUCGGGCCUGUGCCAUCUCCACACCGAGAUCUUUGGCAUGCAGGGCAAGCCCGCCAUCGCUCACAGGGACCUGAAGAGCAAGAACAUCUUAGUCAAGAGGAACGGCGCCUGCUGCAUCGCCGACCUCGGACUGGCUGUCAAGUUCAUCAGCGACACCAAUGAGGUGGACAUCCCCCCUAACACCAGAGUGGGCACCAAGCGCUACAUGCCCCCCGAGGUUCUGGACGAGACCCUGAACAGAAGUCACUUCCAGUCCUACAUCAUGGCCGACAUGUACAGCUUCGGACUCAUCCUGUGGGAGAUCGCUCGCCGCUGCGUGUCAGGAGGUAUCUCGCCACGCUUCCUCCCACAACGCCAUUUUUUUUAUGACUUGUUUCAUCCCCAACAUGGCGGCUUUCUCGCACAUGAAGGCAUCCUGGAGGAGUACCAGCUGCCCUACCACGACCUGGUCCCCACUGACCCCUCAUACGAGGACAUGAGAGAGGUGGUGUGCAUCAAGAAGCUGCGGCCCUCCUUCCCCAACCGAUGGACCAGCGAUGAGUGUUUGCGACAGAUUGGGAAGCUGAUGACGGAGUGUUGGGCUCACAAUCCCGCCUCUCGCCUCACAGCUUUGCGUGUCAAAAAGACGCUGGCCAAGAUGUCGGAAUCCCAAGACAUCAAGUUGUGAUGUUUUUUUUCGGGGGGGGGGGGACGAGGACGUCACGCCGUGCUUUCUGUGAAAGCUAACUUAGCUUGUAGACGAAGAAGAAGAAGAAGAUGAAGUGGCGAUCAGAAGAAGAAUGUUCUUCAAAAGGCCAUGCAGCAUGAACCCCUUGACCCUUACCCUUGACAUGGACCUGGUUAGGGACACGGCCUGACACUAUGUGACAGACAAAAGGUAUAAACUGUGAGACUUUCUGCAGGAUGGUUGCAUUUGUGGAGUGUACACAUCUCUCUCUGUAAAACCUAUUAAAGGUAUUUGUUAGACGCUCACGUGGUGUGUCGCCU